AUGGACCUUCCCCGAAUGAAGGUCGCCCGCGCUGCGAAGACGAAGUUUAGGGUGUUCUUCAAUCGAUUUGCCCUCGAUGGCGAAGUCGGAAAGGAUAGCCUGCUGAUGAUCUUCCUUUAUCUGGGCUUCCUCACUGUGGAUGAAUCCAAGGUCAGAGAAGCGGCCGACGAUGUCAGUGGCUACCCGUCGCUGGACUUCCACGAUUUCUGCUCCGUCGUCGAUCACGUAGUCACCGUCGAGCGAGAAGCGCUGCAGCGAAAGAUCGAGGUCUGGCUCAUCAGAAGCACUGCGUUGCGCACGGACGAUGUGGCAGAGAAGAUGAGACUCUUCUUGAAGUCCCUCGGCGUGAUCUGCACGAAGGAGCUGGUAGUGGAGAUGAUGAGCCUGGGCGGCCUCGCCAACCGCCGCUGCGACACACAGGAGGAGCUUUGGCGGCUUCUUGCCGCCUAUCGCGCCUGCGAGGGCUUCACCCAGGAGGAGAUUGAGAAAGCGAACGAGGAAUUCGACCGCCUGGCUUUGGUCGGCGGCGCCUCAACGCCUACAGCCCGGAUGCGAGAGGGCAGGUUUCUGCCUGGCCAGCAUCUCUCCGAGGCGCUUCUUGCCCUGGAGACGGUCUACUGUGCAGACCACCUGGGUACGAUCAUCGGCGAGAUCACGGAGUUCGCUCUGGACCAGAAGGGGCCUCUCCAUUUCUUUGAGUUCCUGGUUAUAACGCGGCGACUUCGUCGGAUCGUGAUGCGGCUCCUCGCAGACAGCUUCGACAAGGUUGAUGCGAACCAGGAUAGCGAAAUCACUGUGGUGGAGGCAACGGAGGUGUUGCGGCACGUGGGUUUCACCCUGCUCAAAUCGGAGCAGAAUGAGCUCCUGGAGCUCAUCGGUGCCGAGAACGAGGAGCGGCUCCACUUCGACCUCGUCCACUCCCUGGUCAUGGAAGCACGUGCGCAGCACGGCUUUACAAAGGAGGAGUACGACGAGCUGGCCGCGCACUUCGACGCAUACUGCGAUGCAGACGGUGAGAUGCCGAACCUGCAAAUGUACGAGCUUCUGCGCUACAUCGGCCAUGAAAACAGCCUCGAUGAGGUCAAAGAUCUGCUUGACCAAGUCGACUACAACCACAACGGCACCAUGGAUCGUCGAGAGUACUUCCGGCUGAUGCGCCUCCAAAAGGAGCAGAACUUGGCCGGCUACCGAAACGCCUGGUGCUCUAGCAAAAUGCGCUGUGGACGAAAGGCCUUUCAGGUGGUGGAGAAGGCUCUCCACUCUCGUCUGAACAAGCACCCCGAGAUCCUAGGCAGAUUGCUCGCAGAAGCACAAGCGGAGGAGAUCAACGCCGCUGCAGGCGACUUCGACGCCUUCGCGACACUGGCGGAGAACCUGCGUAAGCAGAUCCCACUCGAGAGCCGGAAGUAUGCAAGCUUCAAGGAAGUAGAGUACUUGAUGCUGAAGAAGAUCUUCGAAAGGCAAAGCGAUCUACAGGACCGCGGCGUGUGA